GUUUUAUUUUCAUUCCCCGCUUUUAUAUUCCUUCCCUGUAAUUUCUUCCCAUACUCUACACGAUUUUCUCCCAAAGCCCUAAUCGAACCUCCGUCGACUCAAAUCCCUCCUCCGCCUGGAAAAUCACCUCCACCGCUGUCCACUUGCAUCGCCCCACUGUGAUGUAUAGGAAAACCUUAGAAAUCACUUCCUUGUUGGCUUUCAUCUCGUCCGUCUGCCUUCCUCGUUGAGUCGCCAUUUCCGUACCAACGCCAUUCAAUCAAUUGGAUAUCCUCUAUCGUAAACUCGAGCAAACCUAAAGUAUUUCAUCAGCUUCCUAUAUUGGUUUCUAGUAGUGUGCAUUUGACAAGGGGCUCAAUUUCAAAACGACAACAAUCAUGAUUUCCAUAAUGUCUAGACCUACUGUCGGAUCCACUUAUAAGUGCAGUUAUGGACUCAAGCAUUCAUGUAGUAGACAAUGGGAGGAAAUAGUGUUUGCAUGCUUCUUAGGGACAAUGAAAAAGGCCUUUGAUCAAACUGCCAGGGACAUUAAAAUAGGAGUUAACAAGAAAGUUCUUAAAGUUCAUUCAAUGGAACAGAAGUUCUUGAUGCUACUAGUAAUAAGGCUUGGGGUCCUCAUGGAUCUCUUCUUGCUGAUAUUACACUCACUCCAAGAAACUAUCAUGAAUACCAGAUGA